UUGCGAGACCGCUUGGCUUCUACCAUAGCCAGGUAUGCCGGCGGUGCAGGAAAGGAUGCAGGUGUUCCCUCAAAGACUCCAUCUCUCACGCUGUCUGGCUGGCCAAUGGCUGGCUGUCCCUUAGCACAUGAGUUCACAGCUUUCGUGGCUGAGAAGUCUCCGCAUGGAGCCCUGGGACGAUGGAGCAGUCUGGAUUAUCAAGCCCAUACCAUGCAACCCGAAGUUCUCAUGCACGUCUGCCUGUUGGUCGGUGAGCUAGAUGUUGACGCCACAGACGCCCCAUUUGCGCGGAUAUCGGUGUCACCUGGCCUUCUGGCAAAGCUGCAGACUGUGGAGCAUCCUCGGCCCGCUGAUUCGCCUCUGGAGCCAGCCUCCAUGCCUGACGAGCACGCGGCAACGCCUCCAACCCCCGAUCAGCGCACCGACUCUCUCGAAGAGACGCGAGAGACGCAAGUUGCACAAGCUGGUGAGUGGACAGUUGGCGCCUUUGUGCCAGGCAGCGCCUCGCAACGAACGGUAUUAUCCUUCGGAGGCAGCUCCAAGCCGAAGGCUUCCACAGUUACGACAGGAGGCAUGCUGAAUGCCGAUAGUGGUGAUAGCGUUCCUCAAGCUUUAGGUUUCGAGGCCGCCACGAGAAGCAGAGGGAGCGGAGUGCGUGUCGCACAGGAAGCCAGCAAGGAAGGCCGCGAUGCUCCUAAACUCGUGCGAAGGUCUAUCGACUGGAGUGAUGCCUCUUUUCUCCAACGGCUGGCCUGCCGCCUGGCAGUUGCACACACUUUUUGCAAAGCCUUGAAACCUGAGCCGAGUCAAGCGGUUGGGCAAGUUCCACACAACCUGUCUUGGGAUGUCUUGGGCAUGACGUAG